UUCUGGAUCAAGCAGCAAUUGUAACACAAAGUCACUUAAUAUUUUUUUUAAUAAUAUAGCUACAGUAAUGUGAACAGUGUGUAUGGUGUCUUCAACCUAUGGCUGUAUCCCAGGAACGUUUUUAGCCUCCUCCCCCUGACAACACACACAUGACCCGGGUCACAUGAGCCUUGAAACUACCUCCUGGUUCAGACAGACGGGCUACACGGAUCGAGGCUAGCUGUUAGCUUCAACUGUCUACACGGCCGACAUGAGUUUCCUAGGAGGUUUAUUUGGGCCGGUAUGUGAGAUAGACGUACUGCUGAACGAUGCAGAGAACAGAAAAACAGCCGAGUUGAAGACAGAAGAUGGCAAAGUGGAGAAACACUACCUGUUCUACGACGGAGAGUCUGUGUCUGGCAAGGUGAAUCUAAAUGUGAAGCAGGGAGGAAAGCGACUGGAGCAUCAGGGCAUCCGCAUUGAGUUUGUUGGACAGAUAGAGCUGUUCUCUGAUAAGAGCAACACCCAUGAAUUUGUGGACUUGGUGAAAGAGUUGGCUCUACCUGGAGAACUCACCCAGAACAGGAGCUACGACUUUGAGUUCAUGCAGGUGGAGAAGCCCUAUGAGUCCUAUACUGGAGCGAAUGUCAGGCUAAGGUAUUUCCUCAGGGUUACAAUAGUUCGUCGUCUGUCUGACUUAGUGAAGGAAUACGAGCUGAUUGUCCACCAGUUAGCCACCUACCCAGACGUCAACAACUCGAUCAAGAUGGAAGUUGGCAUAGAAGACUGUCUGCACAUUGAGUUUGAAUACAAUAAAUCAAAAUACCACCUUAAGGAUGUGAUUGUUGGGAAGAUCUACUUCCUGCUGGUCAGGAUCAAGAUCCAACACAUGGAGCUACAACUCAUCAAGAAGGAGAUAACCGGCAUAGGUCCCAGUACUACCACAGAGACAGAGACAGUUGCAAAGUAUGAAAUAAUGGAUGGAGCUCCAGUUAAAGGAGAAUCAAUCCCCAUCAGACUGUUCCUGGCCGGAUAUGACUUGACACCCACCAUGAGGGAUGUUAACAAGAAGUUCUCUGUACGCUACUUCCUUAAUCUGGUGCUGGUAGAUGAAGAGGACAGAAGAUACUUUAAACAACAGGAGAUUGUUUUGUGGAGGAAAGCUCCAGAGAAGAUCAGGAAAAGAAACUUCCAUCAGCGUUACGAGUCACCCGAGCCCCGAACCCAGCCAGUUGAUGCAGAGCAGCCAGAGAUGUGAAGGUGAUGCUAUGAACUGAAAAUACACACAGACACACACCAACUCUUCACUGCUGAACAGCCAGAGGUGUGAGGGCUGCCACACGAUCUCCCUGGACUGAGAAAUGUAUACAUGAAUACAUACAACAUCCCCGUCACCACUCCACAGCUUCAGAUGUGAGCUGUCCGACCACCUUCACUCUCUCCCCCAGGACUGAAACACACUUGUAUACAGAUGCACAAGCAUACCAUCCCAGAAGGUUGAAAGCUGAAUGUCAAGGCCGGAAUGCAAAUCAAACAGACCCAAGUAAGGAACAGUGAGGCAGCCUAUUUUAUCUUGGCGUCUCCGACUGAAAACAUGCAUACAUUUAUACACAAUUGAAGCCAUACAGUCUCACUUUGCUGAAUGCAUAAUAAAAAAGGAGCAAAAAGGACAUGGCUACAGACCACUAUACCACAUCAUUUAUCCCUUUCUUCUGCAACAGGAGCUUCUUUUGUGUGCAUAUUUGGACAGCACUUAUCCAGGACUUUCUCUUCUCUACAACAUUUCUAGAGUCUGGAUGGGCUAGCCAGUGGUUUAAAGUAUUUAUGACGUGGGGAUCAGCCGAAGGACAUGACAAGCUAAGCCAUGAGUCAACACACGCACUCUGUUUAUCCACAAUAAGUUAGUUAAAGUUAUGAUGUUGCCACUGUGCUCUUGUUGAUCCGUUUAACUGGGAAAUCAAGAGUUUCCCAGUUGUUGGUAAGUAUGUUGCAACAGUCCACAGACUGCUUCUUCCAUGUACUGUUCCAUGUCUGUUUGGUGCAACAAAUGUCCAUCUGAACAUAAAUGUCAUCUUAUAUUUCAUCUUCAAAUGCGGCUGUUUUUUGAUAAAAUUAAAAGAUGUUCCAAUUUUGAAUGUCAUUUAUUUCAUAAAAUAAUUUAAUCAUAUAAAAUUUAGAGCUGCAACUAAUGAUAAAUUGCAUUAUAGACUUAACUGCAUAUUCUCAAUUCAUUGACUAUUUGUUUAGUCUAAAGAAAUGUUAUUAAAAAUUGUUUGACCAGCAGUCCAAAAAUAUUUAAUUUACAAUUACAUAAUGGAGAGAAACACAGCCAAUGCUUACAUUGGAGAAGCUAGAACUGGAGAAUGUUUGUAGUUUUUACCUUAAAAACAGCUGAAACAUUUAAUCGACCAUCAAAGUUAGCAAUUAGUUUUCUGACAAUUCACAAAUUGAUUAAUCGACUAAUCAUUGCAGCUCUAAAGGCAUCAUGCAUUCAAAGUUGCUGCUUGUAAAAGAUUCUUGAGCUCAAUUCAACAUUACAGUCUUUUGUUAAGAUGAAUAUUUGAUGCAGUAUUCACUGAUGAGGUAUGUCUGCUUACUACAGGAUUUCCUCCAAACUGAUUUGGCAAUUCACCCCUAGGUUUUCUUAAGUCAAGAUGUUUCUCUGGUACAGGGCCUUUUGCUUGAUCUUUAAAGUGCUGUUUAUUUAUGACUAAUCUUAAAGAAUAGAAACCAUUUGUUGUUUGUUGUCCCUAAGAUAUUUUAAGGGUCCGGUCACCCAAAUUACAAAAAAA